CCCCGCCCCGCGGACAGCCAAGUGGUUCCAUCUUCAGCUGCAAUCCCCCUUUUUGUGCUGCAAAAAGCUUCAGUGUGAGCGUACUCACCUCGUAUGACCAUAGUUAGUGAGCUGGACAGCGUCUUGACUCGCAUAGAAGGGAAAUGGAGAACAAACCGUCCUCAACGGGUGACACCAAGCUGGACCAGGCUGUCAGGCAGUGGCUGCAGUUUGACAAGAACCCUAAGACGGCGUCAAUGGUGCAGGACCUGGUGAAGGAAGGAGCGGUGGAGGCUUUGAAGAAAUGUUUCUCCUCCAGGAUGGAGUUUGGUACAGCAGGUCUGAGGGCAGCUAUGGGCCCUGGUACAUCCUGUAUGAAUGACCUCACUAUCAUCCAGACCACACAGGGUUUCUGUCGCUACCUCGAGGAGAGUUUGGAUAACUUUAAGAAGCGAGGGGUGGUGAUUGGGUACGACGCCCGGGCCCAUCCUCCCAGCGGUGGCAGCAGCAAGCGCUUCGCCAGCCUGGCUGCAGCUGUGUUCAUCAGCCGAGGGGUGUCGGUCCACCUCUUCUCUGACAUCGUCCCGACACCCUUUGUGCCUUUCACAGUUUCACACCUGGGUCUGUGUGCUGGUAUCAUGGUGACCGCCUCCCACAACCCCAAACAGGACAAUGGCUACAAGGUGUACUGGGAGAAUGGAGCCCAGAUUGUGUCUCCUCAUGACAAAGGUAUCUCCAAGGCCAUAGAGGAGAACCUGGAGCCCUGGCCUGAGUCCUGGAGCACAGAAGAGGCCCUGAAGAGCCCCUUGCUCAAAGAUCCCUACCAGGACAUCCACACACAAUACUUCAAAGCCAUCCAGAAACACUGUCAUCACAGGGACAUAAACAAGAGUUCAGAGGUGAAAAUCGUGCAUACAUCUGUGCACGGCGUCGGCCACACAUUUGUCCAGUCAGCUUUCAAGGCCUUUGACCUUCACCCUCCAUAUGCUGUAAAGGAACAGAAAGAUCCAGACCCUGAAUUCCCCACCGUCAAAUACCCCAAUCCUGAGGAAGGAGAGGGAGUCCUGACACUGUCGUUUGCACUGGCAGAGAGGGAGGGGGCCGCUGUUGUGUUGGCGAAUGACCCUGAUGCGGAUCGCCUGGCCAUAGCUGAGAAGCAGGAGAGUGGACAGUGGCGGGUGUUCAGUGGUAAUGAGUUGGGAGCGUUGCUCGGCUGGUGGAUGUUCCGCUGCUGGAAACAGCAAAACUCUGAUGGUGCUGCUGUGAAAAACCUCUACAUGCUGUCGAGCACCGUUUCAUCAAAGAUACUGCGCGCCAUCGCUCUCAAGGAAGGCUUCCACUUUGAGGAAACACUUACAGGGUUCAAAUGGAUGGGAAACAGAGCCAAAGACCUUUUGGACCAGGGCAAGACUGUGCUGUUUGCCUUUGAGGAGGCCAUAGGGUAUAUGUGUAGUCCCUUUGUAUUGGACAAGGAUGGAGUGAGUGCUGCAGCCAUAGCAGGAGAGAUGAUUUCCUAUCUGGCCACGAAAAGCUCAAGCCUUUCUCAACAAGUCACGAACAUCUAUGAAGAGUACGGCUACCACAUCAGUAAGAACUCCUAUUUCAUCUGCCACGACCAGGAUGUGAUCUGCAGCAUGUUCGAGCGCCUGCGCAGCUACAGUGGCCAGAAAGACUCGUAUCCCACUGAAUGUGGUCGCUUCUCCAUCUCUGCUGUACGAGACUUGACCACAGGCUACGACAGCAACCAGCCCAGUAACAAGGCUGUUCUUCCCACCUCCAGGUCCAGUCAGAUGAUCACCUUUACCUUCUCCAACGGGGGUGUGGCCACCAUGAGGACCAGCGGCACUGAGCCAAAAAUCAAAUACUAUACUGAACUCUGUGCUGCUCCUGGUAACAGUGAUGUGACGCACCUGAAGAAGGAGCUGGAUGAACUGGUUGAUGCCAUUGUUGAAAACUUCUUCGAGCCAGAGAAGAAUAAGCUGCAGCCCAAGCCGGAGUAGCACUGAUAGACAUACGCUCAUAUACAGCACCAACUGAGACUAAUAUGUCCAACCAGCAUAUCACGUAAUGUGUUAAUUACUCCAGAAGGGAUUAUUGAUUUAAUACAGGCUUGACUUUAAUGACAAUUUUACCAAUGUGUUUUCUGCCAGUUGGACCACAGAUACUGUUACCUACUGAUGAAUCCGUCUUUAUUUGAAUCAUCUGCAGGCUUAAUGCCAAACUCUAACCUCCACUUUGAGUUUGUUUAGCCAUCAAUCUGUUUUGGGGAUGUAGAUAUGGAUCCAGAGCCAGUUUUACAUGUUUUGGAUUGAGUUUACCUCAGUGCUGGAGAUUUUAAACCAUAUUUACCAUUCUACAGUUAUUCCUGCUGUUUCACUUGUGAUGUUUAGAUGCACACUUUGCUAUAUAUUCACAAUAUAUUUACCAUUUAAGCAUCCCACACUGCUUCAGCAUCUACUGCAAAGCUGCAAACCUGAAGAGUUACAAAAGUGUGUGAGUGUAAACGAGAACUGCUGGAAGUGAUAUUGUAACUAGCUGUAACUUUAAUGAAUGUUGUAAACUGUUAAACUUCGAAUGUGUAAUAUCUUAGAUAAUAGUAAGGUAUGGCAUUGAAAGUGACCGUUGGAUAUAUUUUUUAAUUUAAAAGCUGUCAUUCCAGAGUUGCUGGUUUGUAAAAUGACCACGCCUAAAAGCUUAGAGCACCACCAAGUGGAGAUGUACAUGAUUUAUUCAAUGCACCCACUGCUCAUGACUUGAUAUGAAUAGUUAACAUUUAAAGGGACUCUUGACUAAAAAUGAAGAACCUUCCCAGUUUUUAUGUGAUGUUGACUCUAGAAAUUAGCAGCUCAUCUUCCUUGUGUGCCUCAUAUUCUUAAAUGGUGUGCUGAAAAUACAAUUCAACUCAAUAAAAACAAUUUAAAAAAA